AUCAUUCAGGUUUCUGAUCAAAGUGAUAGGUUUGUUCAGAAUAGCUUUCCACUGAGAUUCUUGGACAUUCGGUGACUUAUAGCAUCGUUAGCUAGAUGGUAACUGAAGUUCUUGCUCUCACUGAACUCAAGCUGAUUUGCAGUUACUCUUUAUGUGUCUUUCAACAGUAUUCAGUCUUUGGAUCCAUACUGACAUUCGGUGCAAUGAUCGGUGCAAUUACUGGAGGACCAAUCGCUGAUUUUGUUGGCCGUAAAUGGACAAUGAGAAUAGCGAGCGCUCUUUGUGUAGCAGGAUGGCUUGCUAUUUACUUUGCUGAGGGAGCACUUGCUCUGGAUAUCGGAAGAUUGGCCACAGGAUAUGGAAUGGGAGUCUUUUCCUAUGUGAUACCGAUAUUUAUAGCUGAAAUUACACCCAAAAAUCUCCAUGGAGCUUUGACUGCUGUCAAUCAGCUUAUGAUCGUUGCUGGAGUGUCCGUUUCCUUCAUAAUCGGGACAGUAUUAGCUUGGAGGGUUUUGGCAUUAAUUGGUCUAAUCCCCUGUGCAGUCCUACUGUUCGGCCUGUUUUUCAUUCCAGAGUCUCCUAGAUGGCUGGCAAAAAUGGGCCGCGAAAAGGAGUUUGAAGCCACGCUGCAGAAACUCCGUGGAAAGGAUACGGAUAUUUCUGAAGAGGCUGUUGAAAUACAAGACUACAUCGAAACUCUUCAACUGCUCCCGAAAGCCAGCAUUCUUGAUUUAUUUCAGAGAAGAUAUCUGAGCUCUGUCAUCGUAAUCUUCUCUCUGUAUUUACUACUAUGUAUCCAAUAAAGUCCCUCCUUCGUUGCUUUCUUGGAAUGCCCUGUGGAUUGGGAAUAUGCAGUAGUUGUACUUUUGGUGAUAUUUCCCAUUGUUGUUCUUUUUGCUGACAAAUUUGUUAAAUUUUGGCCAGAUUGGCGUUGGAUUGAUGGUCGUCCAGCAGUU